UCACCGCCGCUCAGUGUCUGCCCUGCGGCCGCAGCUGCGUCUCCCCCUGUGUGCUGCGCCCGACUCUGCGGCCUCUCCUCCUCACUACUGUCCCAUAGGAGCUCAGUCAGGAUGGCGCCGUUCGGAGUCAGGCUGGUGCUGUCCCUGGCGGUGGUGGCUCUGGCGUGGAGCGCUUAUGGACAGGGUGACUUCAGUCUGGAAGAUGCUUUUGAUGAUAUCCCAACUCAGAAGCCUAAACCUGCACCGAAACCACCAAAAAUUCCAACACACAACGUGGAUGAUUUUGACUUGACAGACUUCUUUGAUGCCACACAACCACCGAAAGUUGUCCCCAAACGUCCAACUAAGAAGCCAGAUGUAUUCAUCCCAACUAGGAAGCCCCGUGUAACUCCUAAGCCACCAAAAAAGCAAGGUUAUGAUGAUUUUAACUUGGAAGAUGCCUUGGAUGGGAGAAAUGACCCAAAGGGAGCUGGUUCCACCAUUAAUGAUAACGAUAAAUCCCAGGGUGGUAGAAACGCAGGUAAAGGUUUUGAUGACUCUGAUUUAGAAGGCAUAGUAAAUGGAGGCUACACGCCAGAAAAAGGAAAAGGUGGGAGUCCUGGAGGUCGAGCUGGUGACAAUGAGAACUACGAUAACUCAGGAAAUAUGGCUGAAACUGGAACCAUUGCAGGGAUUGCAAGCGCUCUGGUGAUGGCAUUAGUUGGGGCCGUGUCCAGUUACAUCUCCUAUCAACAAAAGAAAUUCUGCUUCAGUAUUCAACAGGGACUUAAUGCUGAGUAUGUGAAAGGAGAGAACAUGGAGAAUGUGAUGACAGAAGAACCUCAAGUGAAAUAUUCAGCUUUGGAGCCUCAGUCUGCUGCAGUGCCCACGGGAGACCCAUCAAAAGUGUGAACAACGCAGCCAGACAGUUAUAUUACCCAUGGUAUCCGUUAUGAAAACAGCUGAGUAGGAAAAGUAUUUCCUAUAGCUGCCUAAUCGCUAUUAUCUCACUACCGAAAUGACAGAAUCUGAUUACAAUGGGAAAAUCCUUUUGGUUUCCUUGCCACUCACUUGCAUAAAUACUCCACCUCAUUUCUGUUGGGGGUUGUACAUUUGUUUCUUAUUUAUUGGGGAUCAUAGCUCAUAAGCUUAGGAUUUGUAUCCAUUGUAUUUGGAUGAUCCCUUUAAAUGUGUUGUACAUUUUAGCUUUUUAGGUUAUUUUAAUUUAUUUUAUAUGGCUUUCUAAUAUGCAGAACAAACUAGAUGUAAAUGCUAUGUACUCCCUUUAUUUUCUGCCCAAAUGCAUCAGUUUGUUUCUAUAGCUCCUAUGCAGACAAACACAUCCAUGUCUAUGGUAACAGACCACAUACUCUGCGUUGUCUGAUCCUGCAGCCAUACUCCCAUCAUCUGGUCCCAAAUUCUUAUUUAUUUGCCUGUUAGGUUAGCAAGAAGGAUCUGACUACAGGGCGUGUUGUCUGUUACCAUAGAAACACACAGAUCUCAGCAGAGGAGCCCAAAACACAGCAAUGGGAAAACUUUUGAUUAGGAAUAUUUGCACAGAUGCUUCAUUUUAGAUAAAUUGGAGCAAUUUAAAAAUGGUUUGUGAAGUUGGACACAGCCUUUAAAAAGUCCCCGAGUUUUCAUGUCAUAGAGACAUUAAAAAGUUUGAUUUGUGGGGGGUCUGAUCUCAGACCUCGCCAAUUUCUAAAACGAGGAGAGAGAAGAGCUUGCACGCUCUCCUUGCUGCAGGGGACGGAAUAGAGAAGGACUCAUUGACUUCUACUGUAGUGAGGUUGAGGGAGUGCCUUCCGUCUCGUUCUAGCGAGUGGCAGGGUCUCCGCACUCCCACUAAUCAAACCGUUUGAUAUCUCUCUGCCAUAUCAAAAUUUUCUUUUUUUUUUCUUUUUAAUCAGUGACCCUUUAAAACGAAGCUUCACCUUUGAUUAAUAUUGGCUAUAUAGUUAUUCAGUGUUAGGGCUCAUGCACACAACGGUAUGUAUUUUGCAGUCUGCAAAAAAUAUGGAGGACAUCCGUGUGCAUUCCGUAUUUUGCAGAACAGCUGGCCUCUAAUAGGACAGUACUAUGCUUGUCCGUAAUGCGGACAAUAAUAGGACAUGUUCUAUUUUUUUGCGGAACGGAAAUACGGACAUACAGUAACUGAAUACACACGGUUAAACUUCCGUUUUUUUGCGGAUCCAUUAAAAUAAAUAGUUCCGCAUACGGUUCACAAAAAAAUAAAUAAACGGAACGGACACGGAAAGAAAAUACGUUCGUGUGCAUGAGGCCUUAUUAUGGCUUCACUCUUAUUUAUGAUUGUUAAUACCAUGACUUGUCUGCUUAAUAAUACACAAAUUCCUAAUCUGCAUUAACACAGGCGAAUACCUAAUACAUGACCUGUUUUAAAGAGGAGCUUUACAGAACAUGUUUUUAGCGAUGUUCUACUUGUUCCCUGAUCUUUUUCAUACCACUUUUAUCACUAUAUUUUAGAUACUUCACACUGGGAUUCUGAAAUAUCACAGAUUUAUUUUCACUAGUUACUGACGUCCACACAAUUGGAUGAUAUUUCCUGUUUUCAGCGGCUCUGUUUUUCAGUGUAGAAUGGGACAAGGUCAGCAGAGUCAUCUCAUUAUCAUUAAAGGGAGGAGUCCCAAGUUGCAUGUCUACUGGUAUGAAAUAAUAGAUAGGAUUUUUAGAGUUAGAUUGGAAUUGGAUCCACUUGUGAACAGAAUAAAAGCAAUUAUGUCUUUGUUAUUUGUAGCUAGGAAUGUUAUAUUAACUAACUGGAUUAUAAAGGAACCUCCUAAUUUGAAGGUGAAAUCCCUGGUAAAUGAAUGUCUAAGAAAGGGAAAAGAAGUGGGCUAGAAGAAACGGUUGAUAAUUUUUUAUGGAUAUGAGAGGCAUGGUUGAAACAUGAGGGAUACAAAGAGUUUUCUCCCCCUUUACCAAAUAGUGGUGUGGUGAUAGGGGGUGGAUGCUUGUUAGAAAAUGGUUUGUAUUGUUGGUAUUUCUAUAAUAAAGAUUUUUUUAAAUAAUUAAAGGGUAGGGAAUUGUUGGGGUUGUCCACUCUAGUAUCUGACCACUUCAAUUGUCGUAACCUGUGACCAAUUAAAAAACAAAAUUCAGCUUUUGAUGGUCCAGCCUAUUCCUGCACACGUCUGGUCUGCGCCAGACUGUAAGCAGCUUGGUCCCAUGAAUGGUGUGGUCAAUCAGCGGCCACGUUCUAGAAGGACAUGUCACUAGCAGUGAUGUGCCGUUGAGUGGCCACAGAGAGGUUUUUUUUUUUUUUUUUUUGUGCUGCAGGUUACAACCAUUGGGGUUGUUGUCCCCUAGGCCAGACAACUCCCUUAAAUGCUCUGCUGGAGGCCUAGGUAAGGCAGGGGCCUAAGACUGUACACAGAUAAAGCUCUGUAUGCCUCUUCCCUAUAACUCCCUGGUUUCUGGGCUGUGCUUCAUCUUUUCCUGGAGACUGCCGAUCAAUACUUUUCUGAUUGUUAACACGAAAAGCAGUAUACUCUCUAUACAUGGAGUACCACCCAAAUAAAUUCUGUUCUUAAAAAUAAUUAAAAAAAGGUUACCUUUAAAAAAAACAUAUUUCACUUGUUAAUCAAAAUCCUAAGGCAUUUGUCUCGCCGUGUAAUGACAGCACACUUUGUAAAAACGGUCUGUACCAAUUAGCCGCAGUGAUGCCUACUCCUGCUACAAAGGAUUAUGAUGAUAAUUAGACCAGAGACACUGCUGGGAUAAGAAUUAGAAGAAUGUCGAGCAGCUUGUUGACGGUCUCCAAGCAGCAACACAGAAAAACCAACUGGAAUUAAAAGUGAAGGCAGCAAAAUGUUAUUAUUCUGUAUUGCAAAGGUGCUACAUCCUACAUUUGCUGGCUAUACAAUCCUUAGGAUAGGUCAUCAAUAAAUAUAACUUGGACAACCCCUUUAAUUUCCUCCAACCACUUUCUGGUUACAGCAUUAGGCCGAAUGCACACGGCCGUGUUCCGUGGCCGAGAGCGG